AUGUCCUACCAAGUCGAAUAUUAAAGCCUUCCAUAAUAAGAUUUGCACAAUACAUAGGCCAACAAUCUACACUAAGUGAGUGAUAUCUAAAAUUAUGUGGAUAUUUAAAGUUUGGAGAGGAUGAAGACUUAAAAUACAAUUGAACAAACAAAUUUGAAGGUUGAUCCAGAAUCAAAGAAAAAAGUGAAAAAAUAGAGAGGUCACUGGUCAAAUGAAGAACAUUACAAGUUCUUGUAAUUUGUUAGAUUGCAUCAUGACCUUUUUAAAACAACUGUUCAUAAAAAGUUAAAUCGUGUAUUUAAAAUGAUGGCAGAGGAAAUUUAAACAAGAAAUGCUUGUUAAUGCAGAUCUCAUUUCUCCAAAUUUAAUCCAUUUAUUGAAACAACCAUCCUAAGAAGAAAAUUGUGUAACGAUGAAUAGGUAUAUGAAAAAAUGUUCGAAAAUAAAAACAAGCUUGAUGUAAAUAUAUAUUAAUAAUUAAAAUAUAUAAAAUUCACAUAUGUCAUAACUUCUCUCCAAGAUGGUAUCAUUUGCUGUUCCUAUCGUAGUUUCGAACCACAAGUCAAAGUGAAUUCAAAGUGCCAACAAAGUAAAGCACUGCCUGACGACUUCGCCUCGUAGAUAUUAAAUAACGACAUCGUAUUAGUACUCAGCAAUUACUCCAAUAACGAAGCUCUUAAAAAUUUGAUUUAGUUGUACAUGUAAGGGGUAGAGUUUUACAAAGAAUGCGAAGACAAAGCCCAUGAGUACUUUGAAAUAAAGUUAAAAAACAUAUUUACUAACCCAUCCAUUUUAUAGCCUUCUGAAUAAGCGAAACAGAGUACACCUCCAGAAAAGAAAAAAAUCGAAGUGCCAAAAAUAAAUGUUGUGUAACCUUCAUAUUCAUUUAUGAAUAAACCCAAGACCUCCAAAAAGCCAGACAAUAAUAUACUUUCAUUUAGUUUUUAAGAACCUGUAGUAGAUAAAUUUUUUUAAUAAUCCCAAUAGUUAAAGCUUUAUCACAGUGGGGAGGAAGAGGAAGAAGAAAACACUCAUUAAAAAAAUAUAAUAGAAUAAGAGAAGGAAGAGAAAAUUAAGGAGAUUCAAAAUUAAGUCAUUGAAGAAUAAAUCAUAAUUUAAACAGAAGGCAGAGCAAAGGAAAUAGCUAGUCAAUUUAAAAAGCAGGAAAGACGAAUAUCGUAGCAAAUCGAGGCAGGAAUGAGUGCAUAAGAGUCUAGUAUUCAAAAGCGAAAGGAAAUGAGGAAGUUACGUUCUUAAUUUUCAUUACACAAUAUCAAUAAAACACAAUCUACGCCAACAAUGAAAUAGUAUGACUAACACAAAACUCCAUAGGAUGAUCCCAAUUGUAUACCUGAAGAAACAAAUGAAAUAGGUAGUGGUAAGUUGUCUUCAAAUAAGAAGCAUAUAGAAGUUAAUUAAUUUUAAUUUAAUGAUGAGUGUAAAUGA